AGUACGCGCCAUGAACGAACCGGUCGAAGACGUGCUGGCCAACUAUUUCGCCCCGAACGAUGUGAAAAUCGCGGCGGAAAAUUCGGCCAUAGUCGAAUUUUUCAGGGGGAAGAACGUGUUCAUAACCGGCGCCACCGGUUUCCUCGGUAAAUUGCUGAUCGAGAAGUUGCUCAGGGCGUGCGGGGGCGUCGAUAAGAUUUAUAUAUUGGUGAGGCCCAAACGUGGGGUUGAUUCUAGUGUCAGAGUGGAGGAAAUAUUCAACGACAUGGUUUUCGAUAGAAUGAAAGAAAUCAGACCAGACUACAAGAGCCACAUCGUCGGCGUGGAAGGCGACGUAUCCCAAAUAAACUUGGGAAUCGAUAUCCAGGACACCUUGAAACUUAUAGACAACGUGGACGUGAUAUUUCAUGUGGCCGCCACCACGAGGUUCAACGAGAAGAUCAAGUUGGCCACUGCCAUUAACGUUAGGGGCACGUUGGAAAUACUGAAAAUCGCCAGGAGGUGCAAACAUCUCAAAUGUCUGGUGCACGUCAGCACUGCCUAUUCGCAUUGUCCCAAAAACGAGAUUGGAGAGGAGUUUUAUCCACCCCCCAUUGACCCCAACUAUCUGCUGGAGGUGACGGAGGAGCUGAGCGAUGAAGACCUGGAGACCAUGCAGCUAAGCCUUCUAGGUGACUGGCCCAACUCCUACUCCUUCACCAAAGCCGUGGCUGAGGAGAUAAUCAAGACUAACUCCGAUGGGAUACCCACCUGCAUCUACAGGCCGGCCAUUGUUACAGCCACCUUCAAGGAGCCCUACAAGAGCUGGAUGGACAACUACUUCGGGCCUACCUUCAUAGUGGCGGGCGUCAUGUCCGGGCAAAUCCGCGUCUCCUACGGCAACAUGUAUAAAAUUGCUGACGUGGUGCCGGCCGACUACGUGAUCAACGCCUUAAUUGCUUCCGCCCACCAAACUGCUCUUUCAAAUUCGGACAACAUCCAGAUCUACAACUACGUGUCGUCGCCAGAAAACCCCUGCACCUGGGGCAACUUCGUGACCUCCUCCAUGGAGAACGGCCAACAGGUGCCACCGAAAUUCAUGGUCUGGUACAAUAUGGUCUACUUGACGGACAACGCGUUGGUGUACAGGAUUUUGACCCUGUUGCUGCACUACCUUCCGGCCAUCAUGUUGGAUUUACUUUGUAUCACCCAAAAGAAACUAAGCCUGAGGCAGCAGUACCAAAAGGUGGACUCCUUCUCCAAUCAGAACCGAUACUUUUCAACCCAGCAGUGGAAGUUUCACAACGAUAACACCCAAAACUUGUGGGAUAAACUCAACGAGGUGGAUAAGAAGGCCUUUCCUUUCUCCAUGUCUGAGUUCAAGUGGAAGGACUACCUCCUGACCUACCCUGCUGGAGUCCGUGAGUACAUUUUGAAGGAGCCCUGGGACAACCUGGACGAGGCCAAAAAGAAACGAGACAGGUUGUGCGUCGUUCACAAAGGACUGCACGUAGCAAUCGUUAUUUUUUUAAUAACAGUGAUUUGUUGGUUGAUUGUUCAAAUUUUUAAUUGAUCUGGUUUUUAUGUUACUUUAGCUAUUUUAAUACAUCUUAAAUGUUUAUUGUUGUAUUGUUUUAGCAGUUGAUUAUUUUCCAGUAAACGUUGCUAGUCAUUUAAAUUUAUGAUACUAAUAAAAUUAUUGAAGGAAUACGGUCUAUUAUUUUUUACUUCUCACCUGCAAGGGAAGAGCUAACAAUCAGUUUAAUGGAGGAAGACCUUCCUUAUUAGAUAUUCCUUUUCCUCUACGUAAUAAAAUGAUUCAAGACCACUGAAAAUUUUAUUAUUACAUCAAAAUCAUUCGUUUACAUUAAUCAGCCGGCACCCUGGAGAUCAACCUGUUCCAGUAUUGCCCCUUGCCACCCUCGUACUUCUCCUUGUGCUGCAACAAGAAGGCGACCAGCGAGUCUAUCGGAUCCAGCGGCCUCCAGGCGGUGAUCUGCUCCAAAGCGUCCAGCAAAAUGGGCACGAGUGUGACGCUCAAAUACUCGUACGUGGUCAACUUGGAAAGGUCCAUCUUGCUUUCGUUCGCAUCGAAAUCGCAAAUAUCUUUCUUCUCGCUGACCUUGGUGAGGACGCGGUACAGUUUGCAGAACUCCACGUCCAAGGUGAAGUCGCACUUGUUUUCCGAGAUUCGCUUCGCCUCUUCGUCUUCUUUGCCUUCGUUGAGGACGCGGAGUUUAUUUCUGGUUUCCUCGUAAGGGCUGGAGGGGGGCUGCGGCUUGGGAACGCGUUUCUUGAAUGGGGUGCUCAUUGUUUUUCGUUUGGAAAACA